AUGAAUGGUGACGAUUGCUCUAAUGAUAGCGAUUUGAAAGACAGUCAUACUCUGGAAAGUGGUACCAACUGUACUGCUACUCUCAACCACAUCCCCUCUGGUCCCUGCACUUUAUCUUGGUCCCACAACUCUCUAGUUCCCAUCAAAGUAUCAUCUCAAUUACCAAUAUCGGACAGACCUCCGUGCAUUUUGGGUGUAGAUGAAGCUGGUCGAGGUCCUGUUUUGGGUCCGAUGGUGUAUGCCGUUUGCUACACUCUUAUUUCUCACCAGGAUAAGCUCAAGGAUAUUGGUUUUGCAGAUUCAAAGGUGUUGAAUGAAACUCAGCGUGAUAAACUCUUUGCAACGAUUGAAAAGCAGUCCGAAUGGAUUGGAUGGGCAGCCACUGUCUGUAGUCCUCAAGAUAUUUCUGAAAGCAUGCUACGUCGUGCAAAGUAUAACUUGAAUGCAUUGGCGCAUGAUACCACCAUCAAUCUGAUUCAAAGUGUAUUGGAUCAAGGCGUAAAUAUACAAGAGGUGUAUGUGGAUACAGUCGGAUCUCCAGAAUCAUAUCAAGCCAAGCUUGCCAAACGAUUUCCAAAGAUUGGCAAGAUUGUUGUAUCCAAAAAAGCAGAUAGUUUAUUUCCCAUUGUCAGUGCAGCGAGUAUCUGUGCCAAGGUUACUCGUGAUGCUAUUCUUUGUAAUUGGGAGUUUGUAGAGCCAGGCAUAGAUUCCACCCAGCGUGCAUUUGGCUCGGGCUAUCCAGCAGAUCCAAAGACUGUUGCAUGGUUGAAGAAGCAUCUUGAUCCAGUAUUUGGAUUUCCAAGAAUUGUUCGAUUCUCGUGGUCUACUACAGCAAAGCUGCUGGAAAUGCAAGGCGUUGAUGUACUUUGGUAA